AAUGUUGUUACGAAUAUUGAAUCCUGGGAGAAUCUGGCGCACGCCCUCCACACUCCCCCCACACGCUUCAGAUUUCUUCUGGGUCCUCGCGAAGCUCCUGUCUCUCUCUCUCGCAGCUUCAACCUUCUCUCAUCCAAAGGUAUAUCAAUCUUCUCAGCAGACUUUCUUAGGGUAUCCGUUCUCUCUCUCUCUCUGUUUAUGUUUUGAAUUUGAUGGGUUUGUGUAAACUUAUGAGGAUUUUUUGAGUUUGUGCAUGAAUUCGUGAAAUUUCUAUGACCUCCGUUGAAUUGGAUUGAUUGCUGUGACUAAAGAAGCUGAGCUAUACCAUAUAUGAUUUUGAUCUUAACCCCAUCUGGGUCCCGGAAUUCUUUGUCCAUACUUUAUAUGUUGCUGAACAUCAACCAAUAGAUGAUGGCCAUUCAAAUAGCUAACUUCUCAGAUUUGACUUCCUUUAACCUAAGUGAGAAGUUCACCCAUAUGCAAUGUAGAUUUCAUGUAAAACAGCCAGUUUUUAGGUAUGAAAUUGUUCAAUCUCUUGCGGGGAAAAAGGGAUGCAUGAGAUCAAAGAUUUUUCUCUUUGCUAUUCCAAAUGGAAGUGAUAAACUUGGAAGCGGUUCGCUAGAUUGCUCUAAUGAUGAAGUUUCUAUGGCUUUGGAGAAUAAUGAGAGUUCUGUAGAUCCAAAUGUGGAAGUUGAUUCCAUUCUGCUCCCAGAAUCAUACUUCUCUCAAAACCGUGAGCAUCUGAGCAACCAAGGAAAUCUUCUUGACAAGCUAAAGGCUGUUCACUUGCAUGUAUUAGCACUGGAACAGUGGAAUGCUUCCCGACUAAAGCUUUGUCACAGAAAUUACUUGGUGAGUGCAACAAAUUUAAUACAUUAUCUGGCAUUGAAGUGCCUUGAUGUCGAACAACUUAAAGAAGAUCUUUCUUCUGUCGGUCUUCUGAAUUUGGAGACAAUUAAUCUAUAUGUCUUUGCAAGUCUUACUGCUGGCAUCCAGAUGUUGGAAAGCUUGAAAUUUAACACCCCAAACAGCCUAGAGAAUGUUGCUGAAGGAGCUUGUCCUCAAAAAAGUUUGAACAAGCAAAUACAGGGGGAGUUCACUAUAGAUAAAAUGAGGAAGAAGGCAUCUUCCAACAAGCAAUCAUUGUUAGGCUCACUUAGAGAUGAUAGAACUACUCAUAUCAUGGUUACGUUGGGCCAAGAAGCUGUUGAAAGUGAUACACUUAUAACUGAUCUUCUCAAGCGAGGGACUACCAUCUUUCGGAUCAAUUGUGCACAUGGAAACCGAUGUGUAUGGAGUGAGGUAAUUACUAGGAUUAAACAAAACUCUCAGAUGCUGGAGAAACCAUGUCGAAUUAUCAUGGACUUAGCUGGACCAAAGCUCCGUACUGGCAACUUGAAGGCUGGUCCAUGUGUGAUGAAAAUAUCUCCCAAGAAGAAUGCCACUGGAGAUUUGAUCUACCCUGCUCAAAUUUGGCUAUCUCAAAAAGGAGCAGGGCCCCCUCCUUCUCAUUUAUCCUUUGAUGCAGUUCUGUCCAUAGAUGGGAAUGAGUUUUUCAAUGAGCUUGAUUUUGGUGACAUAGUUAGAUUCUUUGAUGCUAGAGGAAAACAAAGGACAUUAAAGAUUUCUAAGAGAUUUCAUGCUUUAUCUGGCGCUGGGUUCUUGGCUGAGUGUGGUAAAACUGCUUAUGUUCAGUCAGCCACAGAAUUGUAUGUUAAGAGAAAGAAAAAAAAGUUCUUAGUUGGACAAGUUGUGGAUGUCCCUCCUGUUGAGCGGUUCCUCAGAUUGAGAGUUGGAGAUUUGCUGAUCAUUUCACGAGAUGGAUGUACUGAGCAAGACGAACAGAAUCCACCUGCAGUUGGUGCUCAUAGGGUAACUUGUUCUUCUGGCUAUCUUUUUGACUCAGUCAAGCCGGGAGAACCUAUUGCGUUCGAUGAUGGGAAGAUUUGGGGAGUAAUACAAGGAACUAGUAUCUCAGAAAUUAUAGUUUCGAUUACUCAUGCAGGUUUGAAAGGUACCAAACUUGGCUCGGAGAAAUCUAUAAACAUUCCUUCCAGCAAUAUUAGGUUUGAAGGCCUUACUUCGAAGGAUAUUAUGGAUCUUGAGUUUGUCGCUGCGCAUGCUGACAUGGUGGGUGUUUCAUUUGUGCGAGAUAUUCGUGAUAUUGUUGUGGUUUGCCGAGAAUUGGAGAAGCGGAAGCUUCAAAACUUGGGGAUUGUCUUGAAGAUCGAAACAAAAGGUGGGUUUGAGAAAUUGCCUCUCAUGCUGCUGGAGGCAAUGAAAUCUCCAAAUCCUUUGGGAGUAAUGAUUGCCAGAGGAGAUCUUGCAGUUGAGUGUGGAUGGGAAAGCCUGGCAGAUAUGCAGGAACAAAUUCUAUCCAUAUGUGGUGCUGCCCAUAUACCAGUCAUCUGGGCGACUCAGGUUCUGGAAUCGUUAGUCAAGUCAGGUGUUCCUACUAGAGCUGAGAUUACAGAUGUGGCUAGUGGAAAGAGGGCAAGUUGCAUCAUGUUGAACAAAGGGAAAAAUAUCCUUGAAGCUGUUUCGACUCUGGAUACAAUCCUACACAGCAGCUCCACGAAAAUGAAAGCAGAACUGAAGCCUCUUGUACUAUCCAGCCACCUCUUCUAGCAAGUUGGCUGGUUGCUGUUCCCCUUGGAUAAUUUUUAGUAAAUUUUGUUAAUCUUCAAUCAACUCAAUUUUCCCUGUAUUUGUAUGCAUAGGGAGACAUGUUUACCCAAUGUAAAUAAUAUGACAUUUUAAAAACUUAGGUUUGGUAACUGGAGCUCUGUAAAUAUUGUGUACUUAAUUCAACAAGCUUAUUGUUCAUAAUAUU